UGCAUAGAAGUUAUAUCAUUUAAACGCAGAGUUCGAGAAAGCAACUCAGAAAUACACAAAAGUUAAAAAUAUAUCUUACGGAUAAAAAAUUUAUACUUUUAUAAAAUGAAAUUAGUGAUUGUUUUCGUUUGCGCACUCGCAUUUACACAAGCUCAAAACAGCUUUGUUUUUACGGGUUAUCCACCAGUGCAAUUUUUCAAUGAUGUUAUAUUGCAAUCGCAGGCACAAAAAUUGCUAGCAACACCAGGAUUUCCUCUUGAUUUACAUCAACGAGUUGAGGAAAUUUUGACCAACUCUGAAGAAGAAAUAAAGAAUUGUGAUAAUACAAUUCCAUUCUGGUUUACAAUGCGUUGUUUAAGCUUGGCAGUAAAGAAGUCGAGUAACCAAUUGAAAGAAAUUGAGAAUGAAUUUAACGCAAGACUUGCAGCUGCUGCACCCCCUACUGCUUAAAAAAAUAUAUUUUAAUGUCAAUGUUAUUAUGGAAAUAUUAUUAUAUAAAAAGAUAGAUUAAAAUGGAUUUAAAAUAAAAAA